AGCGAAACACAUCUACAGGAUCAUGUUGAGUGAGAUAAACUCCCAUGUCCUCCUCCACCUCCCCAGUUUACUCUUGGUGACCACGACUUUGUAAGAAUCGUCGCACGUGACUCUUGCAGCGCAUCAUGAAUCCCGGAGGUAGGUACGAUCAUGUCGCAGCUUCUCCUCGCAGCUCCUCCACCUUCCGCACCGCAUCCUAUCAAUGUCGUCUUCUGCACGGACAUCGUACAUUCGCUAGGAGCUGCUGUAGCGUCGUUUUUUUCGCUGCUCACCUUCAUUCUGGAAUGGCAGAAGCAAACGGGAUGUUUAAACCCCGUUUUGCAUGAGAAGCUCGAGCGGACUUCGCGUUUCGCGACACCAAAGUCGUUGGCAGAACAAGGAGGUGGAGAAGCAGCGAUACUUACUUCCUCGUCUGGAGGUGAUUCGUCGACAGCUGCAUCACGAGGUACAGGUACUAGCAGCUCUAGUACUUCUGUGGACUACAGAAGUGGUAAAAACGAUGCAGGAGACUUCUCAACAUCAGCCUCAACUUCUGUGGCCGGGUCUUCUUCUUCAACGAAGGGAGCUGGGAAAGGCAGUGCUGCUCAUACUAGCAGUUCCAACUUCGAGGAUGACGAGGAUGCCUUUGCGGAUGCCCAACAUCUUCACCAAGAACAAGAACUCCAACAGCAAGCCUGCAACGUGUAUAUCAAAGUGAAUAGUCCCCUGUCAGACGCGAACGGUACAGACUGGGGACUUUGGGGCCACAACAGUCCUCUAGAAGGCUAUCACCAUUUACCGGCUAGAGAAAGGAGAAAACUUCCACAUGCACGGUGGUCAGAUCUACUGGACUUGGAGAGACUACAACGGGGACUAGGGAUAAGGAUCCUCGAAUAUGAUGAGGAUAUUUUGGUGCCUGCACACACUGGUCAACCUCCGCAUACGACCUUCACAAAAGUGCAUUUUAUGAAGCGUUCUACUUGAUUUCGCAACAUCUCGAUCACCUAGGAGCUUCCUCAAUACAUAGCAUUGUUCUCGCUAUGAAGCCAAAAUCUGUUAUCAUUAUCGUACUUUUCUACUUAAGAAACUUGAUAAUGAUAACAGAUUUUCGUUUCAUACUCGCUCUCACGUCCUCUAAUGCCCGCGAAAAACCCACAGAGUCAGAGUUGGUUGCGGCUCCUGAAGGAACGUCAUUUGACAAGCGCACAGUGCUACUCGAAGGAAACCUUGCAAGGAUGCGCAGUGACACAAGUAGAGCCCUGUGGCAAGAGCUUAUCAGGCUGGAUGUCGAAAGGAGAAAGUCCGACGACGGUGCUGAUGUAGUGAGUGCAGAUGAGAGCAUCGAGGCUUUAUCAUUGGAGCAGAUACGGCGCUUGAUUUCAAACUCCGUGUCAAGCACUGGACGCCUUGAUGAAGAUGGUGGUACUGAGGAGGCAAGAGUAGAAGGACGAGUUGGGGAAACCCCUAAAGAGACAAAGAGCAAAGAACCAGCUCCGGGUGAGAAAGAAGACCAAGAUAUACAAGAUGAAGCUCUUUCAACAACGUCCAUAUCCAUACCCACAUUGGCAAGAGGAGCCGAGGGAGUACAACUCAACGCAAGCUUUAUUCAGGAAGCCAACAAGCGAGAGUUCAGAGAUAUAUUACCACCAAAUCAAGAGCUUGAACUUCAUGGCCAUGCUUCUCUUUGGCAGUUGCGUUUUUCCAGGACGAAUGCUAGAGUGCUCAGCGGUGGUGACCGAGUCGCGGCUUUUGACGACAUCGAGACGCAUCUCCAGAAUUUGAAGACUGCUUUUUUCGCCUUCAAAAGUGACGUUCUCCAGAGGAGGCUCACCCAGGAAGUGUUAAGGGUAGGUUAAAGGUGCUUUUCUUACCGCUUUUCAUGCCUCUCCUAAGGGAGAAAGGCAUAAAAAGCGGGGUAAGCAAGCACCAAAAACCUACCUCUAAAAGUGAAUCGAGAUAUCAUGUUGUUGCGAACAAAGCGAAGUUAAGGCUCAACUUUCAAUGGUCAUUGGAGUUGGUCACUGAGAUCGAAAAGGCGACCCCUUGAGGAAAGAUGGGGGGAAAACGAAGGGAAAGGGGAGAGCUUAGAAGGGGGCCCCUUCCGUUCAGAGUCAGUGACCAUUGAAGGCUGAGCUUUAACGAAGGGAGCGGAUCCGCUCCAGCAUCGUGCCUGGUGUAGCAGCACAACAAGACGGUCUCGUCUCCAAUGCCGGCACUGGAAUGUGGUCUAGGCGAAGGAGCAUCUUCGAUCGUGGAAUUUUUCGAAUCUAUCUCAAGGACUUCUGCACGUGGUCUGCGUCAGCACAUCCUUCUUUGACACUCACUGCGUCGCGAGCUCUCUAUUGGCAAAGCGCUUUGCAAGUAGGUCGCUUCGUUCACUUCCGGCCACAACUUCAGCCGCCGAUGAAGUACCGCACUACCUCGUCGCCAGUGGCGCAAGUGGACGUUGAGAUUGGAGACGGGAGUGCGAGUGGGACAAAUGGUAAUAAUAAAAAACCUGCUGGUGGGACACGGACAAAUGGUAAUAACAAUAUACCUACUGGUGAGGUGGCUCCCGAGUUGCAGUCUGUCUCUGUAGAAGGAUUGAGCAGUUCUGAAGCAAAUCCACCAAGGCCAAAAGUACCUAUCAAGGCCAAGGACAGAAACGCUCACGCCGCAGAGCAUGUACCACCAUCCUUUGUGGAAGUGAGGAAUGCAGAAAUGACCAGAUAUUCCGAUAACACGCUAAAGCAUAGAGAAGAAUUUGAGCGGUAUCGAGAAAAGCGGUCUGUCAAAAAAUGGCAACAGGUAAAGGGUACCAGUUCACAGGUGGAGCGGGUGUUUGCGAAGAGUGGGAUUACGUUCAACAACGGGGUAGCUGGUGGAGUUGUGGGAGAGAAUAACAAGCUAGAUGUAGAUGAGCCUACGACAAGAGAACUCAACAAAAGUCAAGCACAGGUGAAAGCGGAUUCAACUUCAUCUGGAACAACCACAACCAGUAAACGCGCCAUCUCAUCCCCAAUAAGUAUAAGCUCCGACUCUCCUGAAGACGCUUGGCGACCUCUCUAUUCCCCGAAAGUCAUCAAAUCCGUGUCGCAGUGUGCCUAUUGGUUUUUGCGCAGGAAGUUAGAGGUGAAUGUCGAAGCUUUUGACGCGGUGCACGAAAUCAUCCAUAAUCCGGCCUUUGUCGGCCGUCAUCGCCAAGCGGAUCACUUCAUCUCCCUCAAACAUGCAGAUUUGGACUUGUUGUUUAAGUUACGAAGUUGUUAUGAAAGUAAAUGAAUGUGGCGAGUUUUUAUACUUCUUUUAGUUGACAUUGACAUACUCGCUGAAUCAGACCUUAUUUGGUCUGAGGUCGAUGACGUUCGAGAUUCUCUGCUAUUCCCUUGAUGCCCUUUCGGUCCAAAUUGAAACGUUGUAUGUUGUCAUUCUAAAACCCGCAGCAGUGGACGUUCAGGGGAUUCUCUUCAACAAACCGAUUCGACGCAAGUUUUCGCGAUACCCAGGCCAGCUAAUGUGGGUUACCAGCACCUUCAUGUCCUUCAUUAUGAAUAUGGUGCUCGCUCGAGGAAGUCGAAGCGAUGUAAGGGUAUCCAGUAUUCUUGUGCUAGCACUUCGACUUUCAUGUCCUUCAUUUCAGUCUAAGACUUCCUGUUGUAAAUGUGGUGUGUAGAAGCCGCGGAUCUAUUUUGAGUUUCAUCUUCCUGAGGUGAUUCUUAUCCUUCCAGCGAGUACUACGAUGAACUGCUAGUAGUUAAAACGAGUCUGCGUUCAGUAGUUUCUCCUCCUCCUUAUCCUCUCUAACCUCCCUAGCUGUCUACAUUCGAGUAUGGGUAACGGAAACGCGUAUAGGACACAGGAAUGCAAGCAGAUAGUGAAUCUAGCUGCCGUGGCUAAGGAGGUGGCGGAAUUGGCGAGGUCUGAAGGACUAGACUGCGUAAAUCUGAACAUGAACAUGUUCGUCGACUCUGGGCACGGAAGAUUAGUCGGGUAUUUGACGUUGGUUGAUAUCGAUAUGGUUCGUUCUUCUUUUGAGUCAGUUCUUUCAUCUUUGCUAGGUUCUGGAGUCUCAGGAACAAUUAUGAAACCAGACCGAGCUUCAACCAUAAGAAAAACAAGGCGUCAUCGAAGAUAUCAUCCUCUAGAUCUAAAUUUUCUAGCUCUAAUUUUAACUUCGAAUACUCAAAGUAGACCUAGAAGUCCCGUCCUUAAAAACCUCCAAAAACUUGAACAGGUACACGGAAAGUGAGCUUGUGGAAUUGGAGGAAUUUAUGGAGAUGGCAGCUCUCUACUAUGACGCUGAUCUCCUCCGCCAUUUCGAUAGGGUGAUGCACAGGGAACUCGUCGCACGUAAGAUACGUCUUGCUUUCGUCAGGCGGUUUAACCUGUCAGAGUUAUGAAUUCGAAUUUGGUCAUGAACAGGAUCAACACAGUUUACCUUUUUCUCGGAAAAAACACACAGUAGCUAUAGCACUGAGGUUGGUACGCAGAUAGAGGCACAACUGCAACUCGCCCAAAAGAUACUAGAAUAACAUUGUGCCGACAAAGACAACCUUGCCGAUCAUCUUUACUACAUCCAUAGCGGUCGUAACGUUGAUUUUUCACUGUACAGCUUGUGCAUGCUCUUGAUGUCAUAGAGACCUCUACUUCUAAUCUGCACCGAAUUGGAGCGUCGAGAGCAUAGUGAAGAAACGCUCAACUACCGGACUUACGUGGGCGGAUUUCACUUCUCUUUCCGUGGCCGUGAACGUGGAUACUUGCAGGAAGCAAUCUUACCCAGAGUGGAGGCGGUGGACCAGUUGAUGGGUGACAAGGAUACUGAGGUUGGAUGGGAAGAUGAGGAUUAUGUGGCGAACACAUCAUCUAGACCAAAACACGUGAAGAAGCUUCGUACAACUAGCAAUGCAGAUAGUGCUCCUGGUCAACAUGAGGUGGAUGCAGAAGAUGUUGAUGCGCAAAAAAAUGAAACAAGCAAUACUUCCACUCUCGUAGCAGGUGAAGCACCAGCAACUACCACAGCUGUGAUGAACGCCUACGCCGAUGGCGGGACGCCUCUUGACUACAUCUUGGCAACACGCAGGGGGUAUCUAGAAACGCGUUUGAAGUACCUAUUAGAGGAAAAUACGAAUUGGUGCUGGUCGGAUCUAGCAUAUCGGAUUGAGACUUUAGAGCAGGAUAAACGAGCUACCAAAACCGAAAGACAGGAACGGCGCAUGGAAUUGGAGGGUUUGCGCAAUGCGCGUCGCAUCCACUCUGAGGGCGUUGCAGAGGCCACACGGAUCUACAAUGGGCGAGUUCAUAAGCAGCGGAAAGAAAAAUGUCGAGCGUAUUUUUACGAUGACAGAAGUUCGUUGUCGUGAAGAACAUAUUAUCCCCUGACGUCGCAGAACCAGAAGUGUUGGUGUCCCAAGUAGACGUGGUACUAGUGCAUACUAGUAGCACAACUUCAUCAAGAUCAACAUCAAUUUCAGGCCCAGGGGGAUCGAGACUCAUCUAGAAGUAAAUUAUACGGGCUCCUUUCCCUUUCCCCAGAAGAACUACAACUAGUAAGACAGGUUCUCGCGUGCUUGACAGACUCUAACAUAGCGCAAAGCGGCGAAGGAAACGGCUAUGGCGUGAGCUGCUGGAGCUGGAGAGCCUGGCAGGUCGUAGAGAGGAUCGGUUACGAGAUAAUGACCACGAAGAUUCGCCCACAGAUGCGGACCAGCAUCAAAGCGACCUCUUAACGUCUGAUGCGUCCACUGUUAUGAAAGGAACUCAGAGGAAGAAUUCUACUAGUUUCGUCUAGAUUUCGUAGUUCUUGUCGUCUGUUUCAUCUACCACGGGUCGUUACAUGUUUCUAUAAUAAGACUAACGUCAGGAUCAUUUCGCGAAUACUUCUAAGUCUUGCGAAAACUUUGCUCUGACACUACCCGACUUUGACGAGGAUCAGAAGAUGCAUGGUGAUGAUUGCGGUAUCGAGUGGCCACGAGACCGCAUGCUGAACACCAGGGAUGCUAUGGGAUUACCGAUCUUGACACCACCCUUAAGAGAAGGACCUAUUUAUUAACUACCUCUGGAACAUGAAUGCUGACCAAAGAAAGCCGUUCUGUUCGUCAUUCUUUUUGAAAUUUUCCUUCUCUAAUCUCCCCAUGCGGACGUUUACGGCGGAGACCUCUGGUCAAAUUUCACAUUCUUAGGAAACCGUACGUCAAGGGUUAACCAAUUACAUCCCCCACAACCCUUCCUCACUCUUUUUCCAGUAGGAAAGAGGUGAGGGAUGUAGUUCUGACGAAUGUAAUGCUGCAACCUUUAAGUAUGGGAACCAGCACCACCACUUGACAAAGAGGCACAAGGAACCGCCUAGAGACGGAGCGCCGAAGAAUUCACAAGUAGGGAUCAACUUCGCUUUGAUGCACCUGGCCUCGAUCGCGCCAAUGCUUAUCACAGAAGUAGGAACUUACUGGACCGACGCAUUGAUCAUGCAGCGACUGAGCGGGUGCGGCUAUUUUCUCUCAAUACCUGAGAAGGUCAGGAAUUAUCAAGCCAGAACGAAUCAAUUCCUGCGUCUCCGGGAGACGGUUGAUCUGGAAACAAAUAAAGAAACUUUCUCCAUAGAUGAAGAGAAAGACUCCAAGGGCACAUUCCAAGCACUAGACUCUUAUCAUCACCGGAAGGGGCUUGCAAGUCGAUACUUCUUUCUGCAGAAUGAGCAACAGCUCAACAGCAGAGACGUCGACCGUUCUAGCAGCAGUACAGCACCUAUUGACUUGACCGAACGCAUGUUGUCCGAAAGGAAUACGGUGCAAAGGGAGACUGACGCAGCUAUUGUUGCCUCACAACAAAUUGCACCCGGCUCGCCUUUUCUGCAGCACGCUCGUGAACCUGGAGCGGAUGAUGAUUAUGGCUUCAAAUUUGCCUACUUACUUACUCUUCAGUGUUGCAUUUCAUGUACGUGUCGAUGUACACAGUACCAACUAAAGUAUUUAACUUUUGCUUCGAUUAUAUUCGUUGGUUUCUACCCAUCGGCGCCACACAGGUAACGGGCCCUCACGGGAGGGAGGCCAACCAGAGGCCAAACAGCAACGCCACCGCUUUCCGGCGUUNAACCGGACGGACUUGA